GACCUGUUGUAAAUUUAUAGUUGUUGGUUGUUACUUGGUUGGAUCAGUAUUCCGUCGACUAUUAUGAUCGGCUGUUGUCCGCAGUAAAGUUUUUUUCGUAUUUUUGCUUAUAGAGCAAAGGACGGACGAUGAAGAUGUUCGCUCUAUCGACAGCAUUCUGCAACACCAUGCAACUGUUGACGUUGCUAACAGUGUUGUUGUUUGCGGUAACAUCAUCCAGCGAGGGACAGAAAUUACCAGUGAAACAAUUGAGUAUUUUGGCGUUUUUGCCAACUGAAGGUAAAAGUCAUUUUAUGGGCUUCAAACCGUUACUAGAAACUCUUGUUUCCAGAGGACAUAAUGUCACACUGGUUGCACCAUUUGCACUGGACGGCGCUAAACGGCCUUAUCGUCACAUCAAAGUGGAGUCAACGAUAGGAGACUUCGACAUGCUAAAGAUUGCAAAAUUCGUGAACCUCAUACCCACACCAUUGCACUUGUGGUGGUUCGGACCGCACAUCAGCGAGACAAGCCUGGACAAACCGUCGGUGGCGAAUUUCAUCAGGAGCGACCAAUCGACAUUUGACUUGGUGAUGUUUGAGAACUUCUACCACGAGUGUUUCGUGUCCAUCGGACACAAGUACGGUGCCCCGGUGAUACAGCUCCUGCCAUUCUCAGCAAACUCCAGGGUAUCGCAGUGGCAAAGCAACCCAUACAACCCAGCCUACAUUCCGGACCUGGUCAGCACAUUCGGGUCCAACAUGACGUUUGUGCAACGAACCAGCAACGCAGUGUCCGCGUUCUUCUACACUGCCGUUUCCCGGCUGGUGUACAUGCCCCGGCAACGGGUCGUCGCCGAAAAACACUUUGUCUACCCGGGACACGAACGCCGGCCUGAUCUCGUCGACAUGCUCCGGAAUAUAUCGCUAACACUGGUCAAUAGUCACCCGGUCGUCGGUACAGCCGUGCCGAUGGUGCCCAGCUACGUGCAUGUGGCUGGCAUGCACUGUGUACCCGCCGCACCGUUGCCCGAAGACCUGAAGCAGAUAAUGGAUAAUUCUAAAGAAGGUGUAGUCUAUUUCAGUUUGGGAUCAGUGGUAAAAUCGUCAAAAAUGCCCAAGGAAACAGUGUCGCUAUUACUUUCGGAACUCUCGAAAAUCGAACAGACUGUUCUGUGGAAAUGGGAAGCGGAAGACGUACCGCAACUACCCAAAAAUGUCAUAGUUCGAAAAUGGUUUCCCCAAAACGAUAUACUAGGUCAUCCAAACUGCAAGUUAUUCAUUACACACGGUGGAAUACAAAGUACCACCGAGUCCGUCUAUCACGGAGUUCCCAUGUUAGCCGUGCCCGUUUUUGGUGACCAAAAGGGUAAUUCACUACGCGCACAGUACAGAGGCAUAGCUAUACAAGUGCCGUACUUCGAAUUGACGCACGAAGCAUUUGGCAGUGCACUGCAUAAGUUGUUAAUCGACCCAACGUACCGGGAAAACGCAAAAAAGUCGUCGGUCAUGUUCAGGGACAACCCGCUGCCACCGCUGGAAAAGGCCGUGUUUUGGAUCGAGUACGUGGCCAGGCACGGCGGUGCGAAACAUCUGAGGACGGCCGCCAACGACCUUUAUUGGUUCCAGUACUUGCUUUUGGACGUCUUGUUGCUGGUGUCGUUUGUGAUCGUGUUGAUGGCAUGGAUGACCAAAAAAAUGCUUUGGUGCGUGUUCGGCCGGUGCUGUCGACGCAGCCAAAAUGUCGCCUCACCGCCAGCAGCGGAGAAAAAAACACAAUGAUUUUACAAGCCUAAUUAUGUACAGUCAACUAUCGUUCCGCUCGAAGUUCAAGAUGAAAAAAAAUCGAGUUAGGUAUUAAAAAUUUUAAGGUGCAAAAAAAACAAUCUACCUAUAUCUAGUCCAUUAAGUAUAUCGCAUUAUAAUGUUUGAAGGAUAAUUUUUAAUAUUCCAAAUAACAUCGAAAGUCAACAUGUGUUGUAUUCCUAGUUAUUAUCAGAGCUUGAGAUUUAUUUUAAAUAUUGAUCAAAAUUUUCUCAAAUACCUAAGUAGUAUCAAUAUUGCCAUUUGUUUAUAUUUAAUGCUAUUUAUAAAAUUUGUAUUGCAAUAAUUAAAACAAUUAGAUAAAAUCAAUAAUAAUCGAUUUAAAAUUUAAAAUUUAAUAGAUCACAACAAUAACCAAAAUUCAAGAAGUCAAAUAUUAUUAAUCAGCAGGUAAUUAACUAUAAUAAUAUGAAUGUUUGUUUUACAGUUAUAUACGUUACAACGCCGUGCAAACGACGAUCCUACGCGUAUGGCUUUGCUUGUGCGUAGAAAAUAAAAUAAAAAUUGGAAAAAAAUUUUUUUAAAUCUACUAAGAUAUUAUAAAGCAAUGAAAUAGACUGUAUAUAUAAUAUGUAAGGGUAAAAAAAAAUCAUAAAAACAUAAAAUCAAUAUAACAUUAUUUUUAAUUUAAAUCAGAAAAAACCUUAUAUCAAUAAGCGGAAUUGAAAUUAAUAUCAAACACUUCAAUUACGAUUCCAAUCCCUGAUCAUUAUUUACUGGAAAUUUUGAAAAACCCAUGAACGUCUUUCCAUUCCAUUUAUUACUUUUACAAGACAUAGGCACAUAGUAUAUUGUACAUAAUAUUAUCAUGAAUUAUAAUAGGCUAGGUAAAAUUAGUUUACACUACGAAUCGUGAUAACAAUAUUACAAGUCAAUAUUACCAGCUGUAUCGUAGCGCGGGGCAGACUAAUAAUAAUUACAUGAUAAUAUUUUAAUCCAUGACGGUCGUGCCUUGUCGCCAGAUUGCAUACACGAAACUUUAAUACCUUUCUAGUUAAUAAUCGUAAUCGAUCGGUUUAUUGUAUUUUGCACCUAUUAUAAAAGCAUACAUGUAUCUAAUGCCUAUGUUUAUAUUACAUUUUGGCCACGCGAGAAACGUUUAAAGACAAAAAAACAAACGAAACACAAUUGUAUUUUAAAAUAAUAAUUACACAAAAACGAAUUUAAUACUUAUAGGUAAUAAAUGCAAGUACCUUGAAUAUGUAUAUUAAGCAAAUCUAUUACGAGAGAUAUUUUUCAUUUUCCUCGGAGUUUAUAUAUUAAGUAUGUAAUACGCCAAGCUGUGGUAUUGUCACAACGUUGAAAAUGUUUUUUGACGAUUCGAACGUCAUGUUUGACGCAACCGUAACACCUACCUAAACAUUAUAUAAAAUUAAUAAAAUUAUGAUACUUUUUUUUUGUUUAUUA